CUGACACAUUUUACAUGGAAUUAGGUUAGCGGUAUAGGCUCUAGGACGUUCACCUAACCCCACCCACUCCUUUCUUUCUCACCCCUCCCUGCCCGUGCCUGCUCCAAGUGUCAGGGAAAGUAUAAAGUGGGAAGGGACCCGCACGGACGGGACAUACGCUUCUGGGCUGGGUGCAGUCAUCUCCUCAGAAAACCUCCAACAUCUUUGGUCACUUUCUCUGCUUUUCUCUUUCGCAUAACUUGGGAGCCUUUAUUUCUGGAAUAGGAAUAACUUCAAGACCAUCAACGAAUAGGCUAUCUGGUGACUUGAAUGCUAACCUAUUCAUGCUCAUUUAGGGAAGGUUUAUUACUGGAGUGACAACUUACCUACACGUGAAAGCUUCUAAAAACGAGGUUUUCAAGAACAAAAAGGGAAAAGAGAAACCGGAGCGAGUUUUGGAUGCUGCCCCUCUCCGGGAUGCAGACUCGCGGCGCGCUGAGUUUCUUGUUGUGCGUGAUGAGCUGCGCGUGGCUGCACUCAGGACUGGCCUCACGCCUGAAGUCGCCCAUUCUGCCCAUCCAGUCCGAGAGGGAGCCUUUACCAUCCAAGGGCAUGUCAGGAUGUUCAUUCGGAGGAAGAUUCUAUUCGCUGGAGGACACUUGGCACCCUGACCUCGGGGAGCCGUUUGGGGUCAUGCACUGUGUCCAAUGUUACUGCGAGACACAAAGGGGUCGUAAGGGUAAGGUGUUGGGAAAGGUGAGCUGUAAGAACGUCAAGCAGGACUGUCCUGAGCCUAGCUGUGAUGACCCAGUGCUGCUACCUGGACAAUGCUGCAAGACCUGCCCCAAAGGUGAGGUGGAGGCAGUGUUUGAUGGCUUCGAGUACUUCCAGGAGAAGGAGAAAGAGGAUGAUCUGCACAAGUCCUACAAUGACCGCUCAUACCUCAGCUCUGAGGACAUUUCCCCCGGGGAGAGCCGCACUGACUUUGUAGCAGUGUUGACGGGAGUGACAGACUCCUGGUUACCCAGCUCCAGUGGUGUGGCCCGGGCACGCUUCUCUCUCACUAGAACCAGCCUGACCUUCUCCAUCACCUACCAGAGGAUCGGGCGACCAAGCAGGGUUGUCUUCCUUGAUUCAGAUGGAAAAACUGCGUUUGAGUACAAGAACCCUAAGGGAGACUCAGACAUGAUCUGCGGGGUGUGGAAGAAUCUUCCCCAAUCCCACGUGCGACAGCUACAGGCAGAACAACUUCGGGUUACUAUGACAACAGCCACCGGUAGACGGGAGGAGAUCAAAGGAAAGAUCAUCAAACACAGAGCACUGUUCGCAGAGACGUUCAGCUCCACUCUGACCUCAGAAGAGGAGCAUUCUGGGAUGGGAGGCAUCGCCAUGCUGACUCUGAGUGACACAGAGAACAACCUUCACUUCGUCCUCAUACUGCAGGGACUGAUGCAACAUAGAGAGAGAGACUCCCCCCUGGUGCCCAUCCUGGUACGACUGCAUUACCGCCAACAUGUCCUGAGAGAGAUCCGUGCCAACGUCACCGCCUAUGAUGCAGACUUUGCUGAGGUGCUGACAGACCUGAACAGUCGGGAGCUCUUCUGGUUGUCAAGGGGCCAGCUGGUGAUCGCCGUGGAAACUGAGGGCCAGGACCCCCGCCACAUCUCCGGCUUCAUCACCGGCAGGAAGUCAUGUGACACCAUCCAGAGUGUCAUGUCCAGUGGUGAUGCAUUGACAGCAGGGAAGACAGGCGGCGUGGGAUCAGCAUUCUUUAAUCUCCAUGACAAUGGCACCCUGGACUACCAGGUCCAGCUAGUGGGGGUAUCCAGUGAGGUGGUGGGUUUGACCAUUGAGCUAAAGCCUCGACGGCGCAGUAAGCGGUCUGUGCUGUACGACCUAACUCCAGAGUUUGACAGGCCUAGCGGGCGGGCAGCGGGAAGCUGGAGUCGUCUAGAGGCGCGUCACAUCCACAUGCUGCUGCAGAACGAACUUUUCAUCAACGUGGCUACCGCACACAGCCAGGAGGGGGAGCUACGCGGACAGAUCAGAGCCCUGCUCUACAGCGGUCUGGAAGCACCCAGACACGAGAUCCCUGUCCCUCUGGCAGGCCAGUUUGUGGCCCCUCCAGUCCUGACCAGUGCUGGGGGCCAUGCCUGGGUAUCUGUGGACGAGCGCUGUCACCUCCACUAUGAGAUCGUGGUGGCAGGCCUCAGCAAAGCUGAUGACCUCACAGUCAACGCCCACCUCCAUGGAUUGGCCGAAAUCGGAGAGCUAGAUGAGAGCAGCACCAAUCACAAGAGACUGCUGACAGGGUUCUACGGUUCUCAGGCCCAGGGUGUGUUGAAGGACAUCAGUGUAGAGUUGUUGCGUCACCUGGACAGGGGGACAGCCUUCAUCCAGGUCAGCACCAAGGUCAACACCAGAGGAGAAAUACGCGGACAGGUCCAUGUGCCUAAUAACUGUGAGUUUGGGACAAGAGGUGAGGUGGAGGUGGCGGAGUUUGAUGACCUGUUUGUGCGUGACCCUGAGGAACUAAAGAAAGACCCCCACACAUGUUUCUUCGAGAGUCAACACCACGCCCACGGCUCCCUCUGGACCCCCAACUACAACAACUGUUUCACCUGCAGCUGUCAGAAGCGCACAGUGAUCUGUGACCCGGUCAUCUGUCCAGUCCUCACCUGCUCUCGCACCAUCCAGCCUGAGGACAAGUGCUGCCCCAUGUGUGUUGAGAGGAAAAACCCCAAGGACAUGAAAGCUCCAGAGAGGCUAGACGAGCAUCCAGAAGGUUGUUAUUUUGAGGGGGACCAGAAGAUGCAUGCUCCUGGGUCUACCUGGCAUCCAUUCGUCCCUCCGUUUGGCUACAUCAAGUGUGCCCUCUGCACCUGCAAGGGGGCAACAGGCGAGGUGCACUGUGAGAAGGUGACGUGUCCAGCCCUGACCUGCAGUCGUCCGGUACGCCGCAGCCCCUCAGACUGCUGUAAGGAGUGUCUGGAGGAAGACAACCCCCCCCUGGAGCACACUGACAUGAUGCAGGCAGAUGGGACGAGUCACUGCAAGUUUGGAAAGAACUUCUACCAGAACAGUGACAACUGGCACCCCCGCGUCCCCCUGAUGGGAGAGAUGAAGUGCAUCACCUGCUGGUGUGACCAUGGUGUGACUAAGUGUCAGAGGAAGCAGUGUCCAGUGCUGACCUGUAGUAACAUCACCCGCCGGGAGGGCAUGUGCUGUCCUGAGUGCCAAGAUUCCAAAGAGGAAGAGGAGGAGCUGAUGAAAGUUCCGGAAAAGAAGAACAGCUGGAGACACUGAGCUGAGACCCCCCCUCCUCUCUC